UUCUGGCUCAUUUGAAUGACGUCACUGCCCUCAGCCCACACAAGGGCAGAAAUCAAAUUGACGUUCCUCGAGUUGACAAACUGUUUGGCCGAGAACUCUCCUUCGGUUUCUUUGUUAGCCGCAAAAUUACGAAAUCAAUCCGACCAAUGUUAGUAGUGCGAUCUUUGUGAAAUAAGAAUUUACUUUUACUUUCACAUUUCAAGUCACCAAACAAUCCAGGUGAACUUAUUUGGGUCAAAAUUUAUCUACUGCUUUUCAACAUGGCGGCGUGACGUUCAACUCAAAACUGGGUCCUCUUGAAGGCACCAACCGCUUGCCGAUUUUUGGCAACCCCGCCACAGCUCGGUCGCCGUACUCGGCUGACGGUGAAACGCCAUCGACGGCCUAACGGAAAUGAGCGCAGACGUUGCGGAAAUCCUCAACCUUCAGACGGUCGCGUAGCAGCGACGCGCACGCAAAGAGCACGUGCGGCUACAGUCGCAGCCGCACGCCCGUACGCGUGCGCACGCCGGGGCAAUGUCACCUUGACUGCGAGCGUCAGGAGGCGGCGAGGGCGCGUCCGUGCGCCGGACAGCCGAGGGGACAAAAGAGACGGCGUCCGCUCGCCUGCGUGGAAAGCAACCGAGGAGGAAGAGCGAGGAGGCUGCGGCGCUCCCGAGCGGCGAGCGGACAUCCGCCAUGUCGGCGCACUCAGUGGCCUUCCUGCAGCCCCUUUUUGAAAGCGAAGGCAUUGUUUUCCCACACCAAGACACUGAGAGCCCCGAGGAUGGCGAGUACUUCCUGAAGGUUCUGAUCCCCAGCUACGCGGCCGGGUCCAUCAUCGGCAAAGGCGGGCAGACCAUCGUCCAGCUGCAGAAGGAGACCGGAGCCACCAUCAAACUGUCCAAAUCCAAAGACUUCUAUCCCGGCACCACGGAACGGGUGUGUCUGGUCCAGGGCACGGUGGAGGCGCUCAACGGCGUCCACGACUUCAUCGCAGAAAAAGUACGAGAGAUGCCGCAGAGCAGCCAGAAGUCCGAGCCCGUCAGCAUCCUGCAGCCGCAGACCACCGUCAACCCCGACCGCAUCAAACAGGCCAAGCUGAUCGUGCCCAACAGCACGGCGGGCCUGAUCAUCGGCAAGGGCGGCGCCACCGUCAAGGCGGUGAUGGAGCAGUCGGGCGCUUGGGUGCAGCUGUCGCAGAAGCCCGAAGGCAUCAACCUGCAGGAGCGCGUGGUCACCAUCAGCGGCGAGCCCGAGCAGAACCGCAAGGCGGUGGAGAUCAUCGUGCAGAAGAUCCAGGAGGACCCGCAGAGCUCGUCCUGCCUCAACAUCUCCUACUCCAACAUCACCGGGCCCGUGGCCAACUCCAACCCCACCGGCUCGCCCUACGCCAACUCGGCCGAGGUCAUGCCGGCGGCGGCGGCGGCGGCGGCCACCGCCUCUUCGCUCCUCGGCCAGGCGGGGCUGGCGGGGGUGGGCGCCUUCCCCGCCGCCGUCUCCAGCCUGUCGGGCAACGACCUGCUCACCAUCACGUCGGCCCUGAACACGCUGGCCAGCUACGGCUACAACACCAACUCGCUGGGGCUCGGGCUGAACCCGGCCGCCGCCUCGGGGGUGCUCGCCGCCGUGGCCGCCAACGCCAACCCGGCCGCCGCCGCCGCCGCCAACCUGCUGGCCUCCUACGCCAGCGACGCCUCCACCAGCGCCGCCCACCAGGCGGCGGGGCUGGGCGGCUUCUCCUUGGGCUCGCUGGCCGCCGCCACCGGCGCCACCAACGGCUACCUGAGCGCCGCUUCGCCCCUGGUGGCGUCCUCGCUGCUGGCCACCGAGAAGCUGGCGGAGGGCGCCAAGGAGGUGGUGGAGAUCGCCGUGCCCGAGAACCUGGUGGGCGCCAUCCUGGGCAAGGGCGGCAAGACGCUAGUGGAGUACCAGGAGCUGACGGGCGCCCGGAUCCAGAUCUCCAAGAAGGGCGAGUUCAUCCCGGGAACCCGGAACAGGAAGGUGACCAUCACCGGAUCGCAGGCGGCCACCCAGGCGGCGCAGUACCUGAUCAGCCAGAGGAUCACCUACGAGCAGGGGGUCCGCGCCACCAACCCUCAGAAGGUGGGUUAGCCCCACCGGGGAAGAAUCGCGAGAGGGAAGAGGAGAGGAGAGCGUCGACCCGACACCCCCC